UUGGAGAGCAGGACGAGCGGAUAUCCAUAACUGCUGUGUGUCUUUCUUUGGCGGUUCAUUUGCUUUGCUUUUGCAUCGGCUUUAUUCUCUCUUUUCCCAAACACGUUUCUUUCGCGCGACAGAUAUUUCUGGUUUAUAGCGUGGCGGCUUUCUGCGUGGAGAUUCAACAGCGGUUUGUCGAAGAUGAUGACUCUUUAAAUUUCUUGCCUUUCAUUUCGGGUCUUUUGCCCUUCGAGAAAAUAAUGGGUUUAGGGUUUGUGGUUUGUGGUUUGUGGUUUGGGUUUGAAAAGUUCUUCAGGGCUUUAUUUCCCUUCAUCUUCGUGGCCAGCGCAUGCACUGCUGCGUGGCAGUUCGCGGAUAUCCCCGCGAGGCACUGGGCGGUUUUGCGGGCCCUCUUAUCCACCAAUAGAGUGUUAACGGAAAGGACUCAAGAACUUGUCCGCGCCACUUGUAAGCAGCAGCAGCAGCAGCAGCAGCAGCAGCAGCAGCAGCAGCAGCAGCAGCAGCGGCAGCAGCAGCAACGGGAGGGGGCGGGGUGCGGGGAGGGGCGCGGCGGGGAACGCAGCAAACGCGGGCGCCCUUAUUUGAAGUCUAUGGGAACUCCGUCUGUGGCGGCGCUGAAGGCCAUGGGGCAGCAGCAGCAGCAGCUGCAGCCUGCUGCAGUUCGUGCGAAGGCAGCAGGCGUGGACGUGGCUGCGCAGCCUGCUGCUGCUGCAGCGCCAGGUGUACGUACACCCCAGGCCCCGCCCGCAAACCCCAACCAGACGCAGCUGGAGAGUUUUGCUGCUGGACUUUCAGAAGAACAAAAAGAGCAUUUUAAAAGAGUUAUUGAAGAACAACAGCAGCAGCAGCAGCAGCAGCAGCAGCAGCAGCAGCAGCAGCAGCACUGA